CUCUGAUAGCCUGUGCUAUGUCAUGAGGCUCUUAAAUAUACCUAGCACACCGUGUUGGCUACCCACCUGGCGCGCCCUUGAAAGGGCGCACUUCCCCCCGAUGCUGCGCACUGUGCUUUUGGUAGGUACUGGCAGAGGCUGGGGGCAGUGAGGAGCAUCAGGAGAACGACUUAAAAGCGCGGGAUGUGAAACACAAAAUUAACGCCCAUCCCGUCCUAGGAGCAAAAACAAGAAGGGGAGGGGGAGAGAGAGGGAGAAAAAGUGCGAGAGAGGGAGAACCCACGAAAACCAUAGGGGAGAGAGAGAAAAAAACCAGCCCGGGGAACGUCACAUCCCCUUGACCCUCCAAUCACCUCGGGGUCCCAUUUGAUUGGAAGGCGGCAAAGGCUUUAAUCUCAGACUAACUCAGCUGCUUUUGAAGUGAGUUUCUUUGCCAGAUCCCGGGGUGGACGAGCAGCGGCUCGCAGCAGCACAGCUGAGCGGAGGAGGAGGAGGAGGGAGAGCGCAGCAGCCGGGGACCAAGCGAGACACACUCACCAUCCCCCCCCCAGCCCCCACCCCGGGAUUAUUCUGCUUUUUUCCCCCUCCUCUCCGGGCUCCCCCCGCCUCCACUAGGCAAAGCCAGAGACGUUUUCUGCCUUUUUUUGUUGUUCUUGCUAGUUUGCUUUUGGGGGUGUGUGGCUGUCUCCCCCCUCCCCCCACCAAAGAGAGAAGGUUUCCGAGGCUGAUCAGCGCGACUCGUCCCAGUUUUCAUGCGAGGUUUUGGGUCAUGAUCACAUCGCCCUCGCUUUCUGCUGUAAGAAGUAGUAAGCACAGCAGCAGCGGUAGAGACAUUGGCGGCAGCAGCAGCCUCAGCCUCAGCAGCGCCGCUGAUCUCGCCUGGCAGAACGGGCACUCUGGGAAUACUACUAGCUGCACCAAGCCCUUCUUCCACGCCGUCCCUCCUUCGGACCCUUUACGCCAAGCGAAUCGGCUUCCCAUCAAAGUCUUGAAAAUGCUCACGGCUCGGACGGGACACAUUUUACACCCUGAGUAUCUGCAGCCUUUGCCUUCCACCCCUGUCAGCCCCAUAGAGCUGGAUGCUAAGAAGAGCCCGCUGGCCCUGUUGGCUCAGACGUGCUCCCAGAUCGGGAAGCCGGACCCUUCCCCUUCCUCCAAACUCUCCUCGGUCACCUCGAACGGCGCGGGCGGGGACAAGGACUCCAAGUCGGGCCCCUUGAAACUCAGCGACAUCGGCGUGGAGGACAAGUCGAGUUUCAAGCCCUACUCCAAGCCGGGCGCCGAGAAGAAGGAGCCGGGCCCCGCAGGCUGCGGUGGCGCCGCCUCUGGGGGAGUCUCCAGCGGAGAGAAAUCGGGAUUCCGAGUCCCGAGCGCCACCUGCCAGCCGUUCACGCCAAGGACAGGCAGCCCCAACUCCAGCGCCUCCGCCUGCUCGCCGGGGCUGCUGCCGGCCGAGGGCAAGGCGGGAGAGGACAAGAAGGACGCGGAGGGCUGCGGCAAAGGGGGCAGCGCCGGCUCGGACGGGGGCCCGGGCGCCGCCAGCCUCAGCCACAGCCGGAUUAGCGUGAGCUGUGGCGGGAUUAACGUGGAGGGCGGCCAGCACCCGGAGGGCGCGCCGGGCUCCAAGACCAUCUCCUCGGACUCGUCCUCCUGCAGCAGCAGCACCACCGCCACCUCGUCCGCCUCGGUGCUGGGCUCCGGCCUGGUGGCCCCGGUCUCGCCCUACAAGCCGGGCCAGACUGUCUUCCCCCUGCCGCCGGCGGGCAUGAGCUACCCGGGCACGCUGGCGGGCGCCUACGCCGGCUACCCGCCGCAGUUCCUGCCGCACGGAGUGGCCCUGGACCCCACCAAGUCCGGCAGCCUGGUCGGGGCCCAGCUGGCCGCCGCCGGCAGCCUGGGCUGCAGCAAGCCGGCGGGAUCGAGCCCGCUGGCCGGCGCCUCGCCGCCCUCCGUCAUGACGGCCAGCCUGUGCCGCGACCCCUACUGCCUGAGCUACCACUGCGCCAGCCACCUGGCCGGCGCGGCCAGCGCCUCCUGCGCCCACGACCAGGCCCUCAAGUCCGGAUACCCGCUGGUCUACCCCACGCACCCGCUGCACAGCGUCCAUUCCUCCCUGACGGGGGCCACCCCGCCCUCGCUGGCCGGCCACCCCUUGUACCCCUAUGGCUUCAUGCUCCCCAACGACCCCCAGCCCCACAUCUGCAACUGGGUGUCGGCCAACGGACCCUGCGACAAGCGCUUUGCCACCUCCGAGGAGCUGCUGAGCCACUUGCGGACCCAUACUGCCUUCCCGGGCACCGAUAAACUCCUCUCCAGCUACCCCAGCUCCUCCUCGCUGGCCAGCGCCGCCGCCGCGGCCAUGGCCUGCCACAUGCACAUCCCCACCACCGGGGCGCCGGGCAGCCCGGGCACGCUGGCCCUCCGCAGCCCGCACCACGCCUUGGGACUGAGCAGCCGCUACCACCCCUAUUCCAAGAGCCCUUUGCCCACCCCAGGUGCCCCAGUGCCCGUCCCUGCGGCCACGGGACCUUACUACUCCCCCUAUGCACUGUACGGGCAGAGACUUACCACAGCCUCCGCUCUGGGCUACCAGUGAGUGUAGGGUGGGGUAAGGAUUGCAAACGACCG